AUGGUUAGCAGGCGUGAGCGAGUCUUCAGCCGGAGAGAAGUCGAAGCUCUGAUUGCCGAAGGCCGAUCAAUCAUUGUCAUGAAUGGCAAGGUGCUCAAGGUGGAUGCCUGGCUCAAAUAUCACCCUGGUGGUGACAAGGCAAUCAUGCACAUGGUUGGCAGGGAUGCUACAGACGAAGUGACUGCUUUGCACUCUGCCGAAGCUCUCGAGCGCAUGCACGCCUACCAGAUUGGCGUUACCGAGGGCCGCUGGACCAACUUCCUCCCCCCGAUCCAAGGUGGACGAUUCCGUCUUAGAAAUGUCGUCGAUACAGAGGAUCAAGUCUCGGACAACGAAAACGACUCGUCGAGCCAGGGAAGCUCAGGAGAGCCUUCUCCUCUAUUCGAACCUGUCGAUGCCCAACUUCGCCAGCGCAAGCCCGCCAUGUCACGAUCCUCCUCUGCUACAUCCAUGUCUUCGCUGGACGUCGACAACGAGAAACCGCACAACAUUCACGAUCCCGAAAGCGCCUGGACGAAAGACCAAAUCAAGAGCGACCUGGACAGAUACCCCGAGCUUGACCCCAAGACGCAAGAUGAGAUUAUGCAAAAGUACCGCCUGCUGGAUCAGCGCAUGAGAAGCGAAGGCCUCUACAACUGCGACUACAAAUCCUACGCCAUUGAGAUAUCACGAUACUCGUUCCUGUUUGCCAUGUUCUUGACCACCUUGCACUACGGCUGGUACUGCACCUCUGCCGUAUUCAUUGGUGCUUUCUGGCACCAGCUGGUCUUCAGUGCCCACGAUGCCGGUCACAUGGGCAUUACUCACAACUUCCACGUCGACAGUGUCAUUGGCAUGUUCAUCGCCGAUUACCUUGGAGGUCUGAGUCUCGGAUGGUGGAAGCGCAACCACAAUGUUCACCACAUCGUCACGAACUCUCCCGAACACGACCCUGAUAUUGAGCACAUGCCCUUCUUUGCCAUCUCGCACCGCUUUUUCAAGUCGCUUCGAUCAACUUACUACGACCGCGUCAUGACAUACGACCCCUUUGCCAAGUUCGUUAUCCAAUACCAGCACUGGCUGUACUAUCCCAUCCUCUGCUUCGGUCGCUUCAACCUCUACCGCCUAAGCUGGGAGUACCUAAUCCUCGGUCUUGGUCCUCGCAAAGGUCCCGCAUGGUGGCACCGCUGGUUUGAAAUUGCUGGACAAUGCUUCUUCUGGUACUGGUUCGGCUACCAAGUUGUGUACAAGAGCAUUCCUGAUGGGUGGAGCCGAUUUGCUUUCAUCAUGAUCAGCCACGCCGUCACCAUGCCCUUGCAUGUCCAGAUCACGCUCAGUCACUUUGCCAUGAGUACUGCUGACCUUGGCAUCAACGAGUCUUUCCCUCAACGCAUGCUGCGCACAACCAUGGACGUAGACUGCCCUCAAUGGCUUGACUUCUUCCAUGGCGGACUCCAGUUCCAAGCCAUUCACCACUUGUACCCACGCAUGCCUCGCCACAACCUGCGUAGAGCGCAAAAGCUGGUCCAAGAAUUCUGCGACGAGGUGGAGAUUCCGUAUGCGAUUUAUGGCUUCUACGACGGCAACAAGGAAGUCAUCGGACGUUUAGGAGAUGUGGCUAGACAAGCUAAGAUUUUGGCUGCUUGCCAGAGGAGCAUCGCCGAGAGCGGUGAGAUGCAUUGA